UUGACGUACUCGGUGCUCGACCCCCACAGAAUCCAUCGAUUAUUGAGUGUUGGUGGAAGAAAACGGGAAAAAAACAGAGUACAUAAGUGAAAUUAGCUUUGUACGCGUCGAGUUGGUUUGGAUACGUGUCUUUUUUUUCUGUCGGUAACAUGGGGAACUGCCAUACCGUCGGACCAAACGAGGCCCUUGUGGUUUCAGGUGGCUGCUGUGGCUCAGAUCAGAAGACAUACGUUGUGGGAGGCUGGGCUUGGGCCUGGUGGCUGAUCUCUGACAUCCAGAGGAUAACGCUUGAGAUUAUGACCCUGCAGCCCAAGUGUGAGGAUGUAGAGACAGCGGAGGGUGUAGCUAUUACUGUCACUGGGGUGGCUCAGGUAAAGGUGAUGACGGAAGAUGAGCUGCUGGGUUACGCCUGCGAGCAGUUCCUGGGGAAGUCAGUCAUUGAGAUCAAGAGUGUGAUCCUGCAGACCCUUGAGGGUCACCUGCGUGCCAUCCUCGGUACCCUCACUGUUGAGCAGAUUUACCAAGACAGAGACAAAUUUGCCACCCUGGUGCGAGAGGUGGCAGCACCUGAUGUCGGCCGCAUGGGCAUCGAGAUCCUCAGCUUCACCAUCAAGGAUGUGUAUGAUAAAGUGGAGUACCUGAGCUCACUGGGCAAAACUCAGACAGCUGCAGUACAGAGGGAUGCAGACAUCGGAGUGGCAGAGGCAGAAAGAGACGCUGGCAUCAGGGAAGCUGAGUGUAAGAAAGAAAUGAUGGAUGUUAAGUUCUUAGCUGACACAAAAAUGGCCGACUCCAAACGAGAGCUGGAAAUGCAGAAAGCUGCCUUUAAUCAGGAAGUGAACACAAAGAAAGCAGAGGCUCAGCUGGCGUACGAGCUGCAGGCGGCCAAAGAGCAGCAGAAGAUCCGUCUCGAGGAGAUUGAGAUUGAGGUGGUGCAGAGGAAGAAGCAGAUCACUAUCGAGGAGAAGGAGAUUGACCGCACUGACAAGGAGCUUGUCGCCACCGUGAAGAGACCCGCCGAGGCUGAAGCCUACAAGAUGCAGCAGCUGGCUGAGGGACGCAAGAAAAAGACAGUUCUGACGGCGCAGGCAGAGGCUGACAAGAUCCGCCUUAUCGGUGAAGCAGAGGCCUCCUCUAUUGAAGCGGUGGGAAAGGCAGAGGCUGAGAAGAUGAGGCUGAAAGCUGAAGCCUAUCAGGAAUAUGGAGAGGCUGCCAAGACGGCUCUGGUCCUGGAGGCUCUGCCCAUGGUUCGUGACAUCAGCAAACUAGUCUUCAUCAUCUGA